AAAAAAAUCAAUAAAUAUGGGAAAGGGCAGUAAAGAUAAAAGAGAUUUGUACUACCGAAAGGCCAAAGAAGAGGGAUGGAGAGCAAGAUCAGCUUUUAAGUUACUCCAGUUGGAUGAGCAAUUCAAUCUAUUUGAAGGUGUUAGAAAUGUGGUUGAUUUAUGUGCAGCUCCUGGUUCAUGGUCUCAAGUGCUAUCUCAAAAAUUGAAUUGUAUAGAUUCUUCAUCUUCAUCAAAGAUUGUUGCAGUAGAUUUGCAACCAAUGUCACCAAUACCUGGCGUUGAAUGUAUUCAAGCCGAUAUAACCCAUCCAAAGACAUUAGAAAGAAUUUUGGGAAUAUUUAAUGGGCAAUUGGCAGAUUUCAUUUGCAGUGAUGGAGCUCCAGAUGUCACAGGAUUGCACGAUAUCGAUGAAUAUAUUCAGGCUCAAUUAAUAUUGUCUGCGUUACAAUUAACGACGUGUAUAUUGAAACCCGGGGGAACAUUUGUUGCAAAAAUAUUUAGAGGUAGAGAUAUCGAUUUAUUAUAUUCACAACUUGGAAAUUUAUUUGAAAAAGUAAUAUGUGCCAAACCAAGAUCAUCAAGAAGUACAUCAUUAGAAUCCUUUAUUGUGUGCAUUAAUUACAAACCACAAAAAGACUGGAAACCCAAAUUAACAUUGAAUCAGUCAACAGAGGAGUUUUUCAAAGAUGCUAAUUUAGGAAGAGCAAAAUUGAGCGAGUCUUUGGAAAACAAUUUGCCCUUUGAAGAAAGAGUUGUUGCCCCAUUUAUUGCUUGUGGUGAUCUAUCCAGCUAUGAUUCAGAUGCUACAUAUUCCAUUGAAGAGGGAAAGCAGACGACUAGUCUCGAUCCUGUGCAAAUGCCCACAGCUCCCCCAUACAAGAAGGCAUUGGAAAUGAAGCGAAAGGGGAUACUUUUAAGACAAUGAAGCAUUCCAUGAAUAACGGCUACACAGUUGGAUAUAACCAAUGUAUUGUAAGAUUGUUGAAGAUAAUUUAAAAAAAGCAUAAAAUAGAAUAGUAUGUAAGAAAUUAGAUAAGACUGCAAGUGAAUGCACUUUCAGCAUAUAUUUGCGCAUAUAAUUUAACACGUG